AUGUCGACCAAAACAAUUCCAACAUAUGAAAAGCAGCUCCAUGAAGAAUUUUCAAAGAUUUAUAAACAGUUAUCUUCGUUGAAAAAUAAUCGUAAUAUCUAUAUUAACUCAACACAGAUUUAUACAAUUUACGAUGAAUUUUUAAGCUUACUUCAUGAGUUAACAUUAACUAGAAAGGAUGAAGAAUUGAAAGGAAUUAACUUGGUUUUACCUAAUGGCAAUGAUGUUAUAAUCGACGAUAUUUGGCAAUUGUUAUCUUUAUGUUUUGUAACAUGUGGGUUGAUUAAGUUUGCUCCUGCAACUUACUCUUCCCUUUCAACGGUGAACAAAUUGCUAGAACAUUUAAAAGAGUGCCAAGUGUAUACCAUGGACGAUUUACAUCCUAUUCAAUUGAGGUUGGAUGAGAUUAAGGAUAUCAUUACUUCAAGUGAGGAUAUAGCGGACGAUGAUGAUGGUUAUACUGAGGAUGAUGAAGCCAUGAUUAACAACGAAGAUGCGAGAUUCCAUAAAGCUGAGGAGAGCUUAUUAUUACGAAAUAAGUUGAAUAAGUGCCAGCAGUCGUUGAACUACUUGCAGGAUAAGUUCAAACAAGUUCCAGCCGAUUUAGAGCCUACGUUCAAUGAGUUAUUAUCUAUUAGAAAGUCACUUUUAAACUACCUUACAAAUGCGUCCAAUGAAUCAGCUAAGUUAAGCCCAGAGGAAUUUAAUAAAGAAUUAGACAGACUAAAGGGUAAGUUGAAUGAUAUUAAGGACAAAAGAGACGAAGAGGGGAGAUUUACUAGUUCGAAAGGAACAGUUGAAGAAUUGGAGGCAAGUCAAAGCGUUUUGAAUGGAUUGUUAGAUGAUUGUAAUAAUUUUAUUAACGACCUAUCCAUUCAAAAGAAUACAAAUAAUAUUAAUGACAUGUUUGAAAGUUUGAAUAUAUCAGGCUCGGCUUCGCCUGAGACAAUUAAAAUUGUGAAAGGUCUUGAAAAGUUGUAUUCCGAUUUGAUUGACAUCAAAUUCAAAUUAGAAAACCUUUUAAUCACUAGCAGAUGGACUAUGAGAGGUACCGACUUGUACACGUACCAAAAACUGUUGAAGGACAUUGAGGAACAAAGACUUAAAUUAAACGAGUCUAUAACUACGUCUGAAACCUCCACAGACCUCGACACGAAAAGCAUCAAAAAGUUACAAGUUCUUAUUUUAUAUUUGUUGAGAAGAUGCUAUGCAUUGAUUUAUAAGUUAUUGGAAAGCUCAGAACCGGUUCUGGAGUCUUUGCAACCAAUUCAUAAUCAAUUAUCCACCGUUCGUAAAUGCUUGUUGGAAAUAAAGCGUGUCGACGGUCUUAACAAUUUAAGAGAUGUAUAUCCGUUUCAGUUCAAGCUUGCUUCUCUUGAUAACUUGAGAGAAGAUGGAAAAUUCAUCAUCAAUGGCCAAAUUCCUGAGGGCCAAGGUACACUUAAUGCUCUAUUGGCGGAAUGCUUCGAUAUAUUACAUGAACUCAAAAUUGAAUUGGAAGAGAAAGAAGAAUCUUCCGUUUCAAACAACUCACUGUCAAAUAGUGUAGCUAACACAAGUGACUAUAUAACUGAUGAUGAAGACAUUAAGUCUGAUGAUGAAGUUGAAUUGAAAAGAAAUAGAUACGUGGGAUUUAAUGAGGCCGACUACGAUCAAGAAUCGGAGUCAGAAGAUAGCUUCAAUGAAUCAGAAUAUGAAAGUAAUGAUUAUUAUUAA